UAUCCAAAUCUAUUGCCUUAUUAAUUAUAAUAUUGAUUAUCAAGUUCUAUCAAUUUUUAUUAUUAUUAUAAAAUCAUGGAUAUCAUAGGAAAUUGAUGUUCGGUCUAAAUUUGAGAUGGUAAAUAUUUUUUAUCAAUAAAUUCUAUUUUUAAUGUGCACUAAUAUGUUUUUAUUUGUUUAUUGAUAAUUCUUUCGUGCGUGCCAUCACGUACGAAAAUUUCGAGACCCUCGAGAAAUCGAUUGGGGCAAAUCACGCCCCAUAAAAUAUUCGAUUAAAACAAUUCACCAGAUAAUACUGAACUCCUGCCAUCGACAAGUGCCCGAUUCUCCUCAGGAUUUCCAGACGUUCAAUAGAUUUGCGCUUGCGCUCAAUUCCAUCAUCUCCACAGGACUCAGUUAAAUGUGGCUGUCAGCUCUGUCCACCGGGGAAUCCGUCAUUUAUUUAAAAUAAGAUGACCACAACGGAUUUGCCGGGAAUAAUGAUGAUGAAUGACUCCAGUUGCGCCAUUUGUGGAAUAGGUCCACCCCCAAAUUUAAUUCUGUCGAUUCCACCCCCGCCGAUUCCCUCAUUUUUGCAGUAUGGAUCAGAGGUUCAUUCACAGAAUGGUCUACCCAUCGUCGGGGCUCAAGUCAAUGGGACACUCUGCAAUCAUCAUUGCGAUUGGAAAGUCGAUGGGGUGCAGUACGUGGAAAUGCCCCAUCAAGGUAAUACCAAUGGGAAUUUAUUCGAUGACACGUGGCUGUUGAUUCUUAUUCUGUCAUGCGUGGGAAUAAUUGUCGUCAGUGUACUUUUAGUAAUUGUCCUGUUGCGGUGCAAAUUAAAUUUCAGCAAUACCAGUCAAAAAGGUGGGACUAUCUCGAUGCCAGCGGCAGCAAUAACUCAACCAAAAAGUGCGCGCAUUCAGAAUGAGACGGUUUUGUAUCCGUGUACAGCUGAUGGCAUGCAGGACAGCCGGAUAAUGUGGGCGACAUUAACACCACGAGGGACGACACGACAUUAUCUCGAAGAUCAUACGUAUGAAACUGUCGGGAACGGCAUGACGCCGAAACGCACUUAUCCAACGGCUCCAGUUGAAAAUAUCUAUAUCGAGCCGCCGGUUCCUUCUCCGGUGCGAUCCACUCCCAAGGAGGAAAUCGCUUUCGACAACACAGCAUUCGUUGAUUAUGAAGAGCCAUUGUCAAUCAAAGCGGAGUAUUUUCAAUUGAAUGAUGUAUUAGAACCGAACGACACGGAGCUCUAUGGCUGUCAAAGGGAGACAUUCCGACCCCGAGUGAGUUCUCCAACCAGAAUAGAGCACCCAAAUCUACCGCCCCUGAAUCUUCACCCCCACAGCCGUACAAUUCGCAAGAAUUCAACAAUUCAACAAUUUGGUGGUGAAACCAUUCUGAGAAAUAGCCUAGCACUAGCCGCUUACACCCCAGACAUAUAAACAUUUUUUUAAUCACAGUAACAAUCACAUUUUUUUAAUAAACAAACGAGAGAUUGAAUGAAUGAGCGGAUACCAUUGACACAAGACAAAGAGCAUCCACAAAGAAACAUCAAUAACAAUAAUUGAUUACUGGCAAGUGAUAAAUUUUAUCAACUACAAAUUUAACGUAAAUAUUAAAUAAUUUCGAGUUCAAUGAUCGAGUGCAUGGGGAUAACUAUUAUCGGGUGACUGUUGAACUAUUGUUUUUUGAUAUUUACCAACGAUUAUUCACUCUAUCCCAAUAUGACUAUAAAUUUCAUGUUGCUAUGUGUAAUCGUUACAAUUACAAGUAUUAUUACCAAUAAAAACAUUAAAUAUCGAUUGAAACAUUUAUUCUUCCGUCAUAUAAUAUCUAAAAAUGUGAAAUGUACGAUUAAAUUUCAACGAAUUUUCACCCAAAAUUCGUUGUAAAGAACAAAAAAUCUUCAUU